UGGGCUGGGUCUGCUUGCUGCUUACAAGGAGAGGCACUCUUGUAUUCAUGGUGGUGCAGUGAUAACCUGAGCACCUUUUUUUCUUUUUCAUCCCUUUUCCCUUUGCUUUGCACCCAAGGAUAGCCCAUGUCUUUUUUAUAGACAUGAUGAGCUUUGUGCAUUUAAGGACUUUCCUUUUUCUGGUGGUCUCCGUAGCUCAGGUUUUGAUUGUUACAUGUCAAGACGUAACCAGUGGAGAUGAUGUGAGCUGCACGGCAGACGGCCAGGUGUACACUAACAGGGACAUCUGGAAGCCAGAGCCAUGCCGAAUCUGUGUUUGUGACAACGGCCAGGUCCUCUGCGAUGAAAUCCAGUGCGAUGAACUGACUAACUGUGAGAAGAUGGUCAUCCCCGAGGGCGAGUGCUGCCCUGUUUGUCAGACUGAUUCAUCCAGCAAUGGCGGGCAGGGAACUUUUGGUGGUAGUGGAAGAAUCUACAAGGGCCAGAAGGGAGAGCCCGGGGAUGUCCCAGUCGUGACUGGUAUCAGAGGCCGCCCUGGACCUAUGGGAGGUCCCGGUGCACCAGGAAGCAGAGGUCCCCGAGGACCCAAAGGGAGGCCUGGAAGUCGAGGCAUGGCAGGUUAUGAUGGGGAGCCUGGUGUUCCAGGUCAGCCCGGUGAAGCAGGACCUCCAGGACAUCCAGCGCACCCAGGAGGUCUGGGAGCCCAUAUGGCUGCUGGGAUGGAUGGAAAACAAGGACCCCAAGGCAUGCUAACUGGUUCAAGGGGAGAAUCUGGAGCAAGAGGACCUCCUGGGCCAAAUGGCGCACCGGGUCCAUCUGGAGGACAGGGACCUCCUGGAGAUGUUGGUGAUCCUGGACAUAUGGGUCCAGCUGGCCAAAGAGGACCUGAGGGCCCUCCAGGGAAACCAGGUGAAGAUGGUGAAGCAGGCAAACCAGGAAAUUCUGGAGAAAUGGGAUUCCCUGGAUCAGCGGGAUCUAGAGGGUUUCCUGGUACACCCGGGCCUCCUGGACUGAAGGGUCACAGAGGGCAUGGUGGACCACCUGGACAAAAGGGAGAAUUUGGAGCUGUUGGAUCUAAGGGUGCUACAGGCCCUCCUGGUCAGAUGGGAGGACCUGGACCAAUGGGUCCUGCUGGGAUGCCAGGGGAGAGAGGACGCUCUGGACCUGGCGGCGCAGCAGGCAAGCGUGGCAUGCCUGGUAACCUCGGAAAACCAGGUCCAAUGGGUCCCUUGGGUAUCAACGGCCCAUCUGGAUAUCCAGGAUCCCCAGGAAUGAAGGGACAACCUGGACCCACAGGAGUCCGCGGACCAGAGGGUCCUCAGGGACAAAGAGGAGAGACCGGACACCUGGGGAGAGCUGGACCAGUUGGCCAAAGGGGUCCCAUGGGUACAGAUGGUGGCACCGGUACCAAAGGACCAGUGGGUAAUCUUGGUCCACAAGGUGCAGGUGGCCAUCUUGGACCCCAUGGCCCACCAGGACCUCAGGGAAGCACUGGUCAGCCUGGUAUCAAAGGACAACUGGGAGACGUUGGUGUACCAGGAUUUAAAGGAGAGGCCGGACCAAAAGGAGAAUUUGGUCCACCAGGCUCCCAGGGAGUGAUUGGACCUCAGGGUGAGGAAGGAAAGCGAGGAACUCGGGGAGACCCCGGUUCUGUUGGCCCUCCUGGCCCCGUUGGUGAAAGAGGCGCUCCUGGUAACAGAGGAUUCCCUGGUGCUGAUGGGUUGCCAGGACCUAAGGGUGCUCUAGGAGAUCGUGGAAUAUCUGGCAUUCUUGGGCCAAAAGGUUCUCUAGGGGACCCUGGCCGUACAGGAGAACCUGGUCUACCAGGUGCAAGGGGUCUUACUGGUACCCCCGGAGUCCAAGGGGCAGAGGGCAAGCCAGGACCACUGGGUGCCCCAGGUGAAGAUGGCCGUCCAGGUCCCGCUGGGUCCCUUGGAAACAGAGGACCUGCAGGAACUAUGGGAGUGCCAGGCCCCAAAGGCUUCACUGGUGACCCAGGAAAGACAGGUGAACAAGGAUCUGCAGGAGUGUCAGGUCAAAGAGGUCCUCCCGGGAAAGAUGGAGAAGUCGGGCCUGCUGGACCCCCUGGCCCAUCUGGUGUUGCAGGAGACAGAGGAGAGCAGGGUCCUCCCGGUGUAAAUGGAUUCCAGGGUUUGCCUGGAAAUCAAGGCCCCCCUGGAGAAUCUGGAAAACCAGGUGACCUAGGUAUUCCUGGAGAGCUCGGUUCUGUGGGUCAAAUUGGACCAAGGGGUGAGCGUGGAAUCCCUGGGGAGAGAGGAGAAAUGGGUACAACUGGUCUGCAGGGACCUAAAGGAAUCCCUGGUGCACCUGGUCCAGAUGGGCCAAAGGGUAGCCCUGGUCCUCCUGGUGCACUUGGUGAUGUGGGUCCUCCAGGUCUUCAGGGAAUGCCAGGAGAGAGGGGCAUCUCUGGUCCGCCUGGGCCUAAAGGUGACAGAGGAGCAAUCGGUGAGAAAGGAUCAGAGGGUACACCUGGAAAUGAUGGCGCAAGGGGUGCUCCAGGUCCCGUUGGCCCGCUAGGACCUGCAGGACCCAGUGGUGAGAAGGGAGAACCUGGACCCAAAGGACCACUUGGACCUGCAGGAUCCAGAGGAAUUCCUGGAGCAAGAGGUGAUCCUGGCCCAAUUGGUGCAGUUGGCUUUGCUGGACCCCCUGGUCCUGAUGGUCAACCUGGAGUUAAGGGAGAGCCUGGAGAACCAGGCCAGAAAGGAGAUGCUGGAUCUCCAGGACCUCAGGGCUUGGCCGGCGCUCAUGGACCUCCUGGGCCUCAUGGUGUUGCUGGACUGAAAGGAGGCAGAGGAACACAGGGUGCACCGGGCCCCACUGGUUUCCCUGGAUCUGCAGGAAGAGUUGGUCCACCAGGCCCAACUGGUCCAGUUGGAGAACCUGGACCCCUGGGACUUCCUGGUAAAGAGGGUCCUCGAGGACUCCGUGGAGAUCAUGGAUCCCCAGGAAGACAAGGAGAGCGCGGACCAGCUGGACCAGCAGGGAGCCUAGGAGACAAAGGAGACUCUGGAGAAGACGGACCCACGGGUCCUGAUGGUCCUCCAGGCCCAGCGGGAACUACAGGACAGAGAGGCAUUGUGGGUCUUCCUGGUCAGAGAGGAGAAAGAGGGAUGCCAGGUCUUCCAGGGCCAGCGGGUCCACCAGGAAAACAGGGAUCCACAGGAGGAGCUGGAGAUAAAGGCCCCCCAGGUCCUGUUGGUGUUCCCGGUGCUAAUGGACCUCGUGGAGAUCCUGGUCCUGAUGGUCCUGCUGGAUCAGAUGGCCCACCAGGCAAAGAUGGUGUUCUUGGACAAAGGGGAGACAGAGGAGAUCACGGUCCAGAGGGUUUGUCUGGCUCUCAGGGACUUCCAGGCCCUCCAGGUCCUGUUGGUGCACCAGGUGGUGCUGGAAGGAGAGGAGAUGCUGGCUCAAGAGGACCUGUUGGUCCUCCCGGCUCAGCUGGAAAGAGAGGAUUAGUGGGACCCCAAGGACCAAGAGGAGAUAAGGGUGACUUGGGUGAUCACGGAGAGAGAGGACAGAAGGGACACAGAGGCUUCACUGGUUUGCAGGGUCUUCCAGGUCCUCCAGGUACAACCGGAGAGCAGGGAGCUCCAGGAAUCCUCGGACCCAGUGGCCCAAGGGGACCACCUGGGCCUGUCGGACCUUCUGGAAAGGAAGGAUACACUGGACAGACAGGACCGAUGGGACCACCUGGAACUCGAGGACUCAGUGGAGAAAUUGGACCAGAGGGCCCACCAGGAGAGAGUGGACCCCCAGGCCCUCCCGGUCCACCAGGACCUCCCAUGGCGGCCAUGGAUGACCUGUUUGCAGGCGCUCAUGAUUACGACUCCGGCCCUCCUCCUCCAGAGUUCAACGAGGACGAGGCUAUGCCCAACAGCAACUCCUCCACCAUAAUGCCAGUGGACCCCAGCGUUCAGGCCACCCUGAAGGCCCUCACCAGCCAGAUCGACAGCAUGAAGAGCCCAGAUGGCAGCAGGAAACAUCCUGCCAGAACCUGUGACGACCUGAAGAGAUGCUACCCCAUGAAGAAGAGUGGUGAAUUCUGGGUGGAUCCAAACCAAGGUAGUGCUGAGGAUGCCAUCAAAGUGCACUGCAACAUGGACACUGGAGAGACCUGCAUCACUGCCAGCCCCUCCAGCAUACCUCGUAAAGCUUGGUGGAGCUCAUCCAGGAACAAACCUGUGUGGUUCGGCGCUGACAUCAACCGUGGAACACACUUCUCUUAUGGCAACAAAGAGCAGGCGGCAAACUCCAUCACGGUCCAGAUGACAUUCAUCCGCCUGCUCUCCAAAGAGGCGUCCCAGACCAUUACCUACCACUGCAAGAACUCUGUGGGCUAUAAGGACGAUAAGACGGGCAACUUGAAGAAGGCUGUGCUCCUCAAAGGUUCCAACGACCUGGAGCUCAAAGCAGAGGGAAACAACCGGUUCAGAUACACAGUGUUGGAGGACUCCUGCACACAAGCAACUGGCAACUGGGGCAAGACAGUGUUUGAGUACAGGACACAGAAAACAGCAAGACUUCCCAUUGUGGAUAUUGCACCUGUGGACAUUGGUGGCCCCAAUCAAGAGUUUGGCAUCGAUAUCGGGCCUGUGUGCUUCUUGUAAAAUCGUCAGCAGGGAUGAGGAGAUCGAGGAGAAUCCUGAGACAUUUUGAACUGACAGCUGACGCGAUCAGCCACAUUGUACAUACGAGUACUGAGGACUAUUCUGGCCCUGUGGCAAGAUAUUUAUUGUGCCUUUUUCGACCCAGUUCAAGACAUCAAAGAUUUGUAAGUUAGAUGAAUGUUUGGAAUUUACAUAAACGAUUGGUAAAAAAAAAAAAAGAAAAGAGAAAAAAGAGAAUCUGAAUCAUUCCUCUGUCUUAUUGUGUAUGUUUGACUCUAAGCUUCAUGCGUUUUAAGCUCACUGUGGUCUAAAGAUCUAACUUGUAAUUUCACCCAAAAAACACACAUAGCCCAAAGAGUUACCAAAGAUUUAUGAAUCUGAAAACUUCAAAAUGUUAAUUAUAACUGCUGUUUCAUAGCCCCAAAACCAUUCCACUGAAGCUACAUCCAAUGCUUUGUCCUACCACUCCCCUAAUCUCAUAGAUUCUUUUUUUUAUUUUUAAUGUUUAAAUAUUAAAAAAUAAAACAUUGUGGUGCUAUUGAGGAAAUGAAUAUAGCCGCUGAUGCGUUCACCAGCGUGUGUAUUUUUCUCCAGACAGUUUUGAUGAACAAGUGUCUGUAUCAAGUUACUUUAAACUCUGUACCGACCACGUAGAACAUUAAAGAAAUAUCAAGGCUGUCGAUUCCUCAGUGUUAGCUACCUCGUCACCGAAACUGAGAAACGAUGACACUACAUGUAAAUCUUUUUGUUCACAGGUGCUGUUUUGUAAGUAGUGUGAACCUUGUGCACUUCUCCCGGCUACGCGGUACAGGGCAGGGUUUGGGGGAUGCCAAUAAAGAUCUUUCUAUCAAUGAUGGAGAGACGAAUGAGGUGUCGUGUGAGUGGUGUGUGGUGAUUUGUAACAUUUUUUUCUUUUUUUAUUGUCCUUCAACUGCAAUAUCGGACAGUUAAGGUAGCACAGAGUAUUCUAUUUUUAUGCAUGUCAGUUCCCCCCCUUUCAAUAUCCUGGACUUAUAUGCUCUUGAAAUCUUCUUUUUAUACAAUUUUUAUAGAAUACGGUGGCUGUGAGUGCCUGUUUGCUUUGUAUCUCUUGCUAUGCAACAAAUUAAACUAAAUGCCUGUUAAUACCCCAAGCUCCUGUUCUAUUAAUUCAGGUAUAGCUACAGUAGGUAAUUUUCCUUUCAGUUUGUCUUUUUGCACACAAAAUCUAAUUUUACAUAUUGUAAACCUAUUGUGUAGAUUAAACCAAAAAAAAAGAAGCAUUUAUGUACUUAAAAUAGUUUCAGUUGUCUUUUAACUUGAGCUGUUGAAUGUGCCUUCAAGUAAUUCUAUUGUGACCAUUUGGUUCUUAUUUGAGUAUAUUUAUUAUAGAUUUGUAACUUUUGUGAGGCAUGACUGCCUGCUAACGCUCCAGAGGCAGAGAGGAGGAGGAGAUGAAAGGAGAAGGAGGAGGCUUUCCACACUGGAAGCAGAUGAAUUUCAUCCUUUGAAAUAAACAUU